GCAGUAAUGAUAUUAGCACUGGUCAGAGCUAAACCUGAAUAUGAUCCGUGGAGUCUAGAUUUUGAAUAUGAAGAUGUUACUCCAAGGUUGUUUCAGACAGGAUUCAAGUUUUCAUGGAAUUUGAAAACAGGUCUGUAUGAGACGCUUGAGAUAGAAGACUUGAAGGAGUUUGACCAAGCUCAGUUAUGUAACCUAUGGAACCCUGGUAAAUAUCUAUGUCAGAAAUUACAGCGUGAUUUGUCUAUACCCCAGGCAUUUGUUAGAAGCGUUCAUGUCCUGACAAAUGAAGCUGUCUGGAAACGUCAGUCUUUGAAAGAACUUGUAGACCCAGUUCAUUUUGUAGCUAUUACUCUGUGAGAUUAACCUACCAAUGCGAUAACCAGAAGUGACUUGAUGCAGCAAUGUGGUGUUGUUGAAAUGGAUGUAUUGAGAAGAUGCAAAGCCUGGAGAGUUGGUGUAUAUUUAUAAAACACUUGAUUUAACAAAUAUACAUUCAUGUAUAUUUAUGCAUUGAACACCAGUGAAUCAUUGGACUCAAGUGCAAAACUGAACACUGAAUGUGAAUAUUUUAAUAUUCACGAACAAUUGUUUUGGAUACUAUUAAACAUGUGUUUUUGCCACUGUUAAAUAUUGGAGAUGCAGAUAUAUUUUUUCAACUACAUUAUUCGUUCUAUGAAAAGCACAUAUGUAA